UGGCCGCACCACCAUUCCUCCCGAAGGUAUAAGAUGCCGGAAUGUGGGCGCAUUGCAUCAUACUGUGUGAAAGUGCUUGUAAUAUAUUCGUCACGUCUGGGAGAGGAAAGGGCGCUGGUGGGAAAGCUCGCUCGAAGGCGAAGAGCCGGUCGUCCCGGGCUGGUCUGCAGUUCCCGGUGGGCCGUGUUCACAGGCUCCUGAGAAAGGGUAACUAUGCUGAGCGUGUGGGUGCCGGAGCGCCGGUUUAUCUGGCUGCGGUGCUCGAGUAUCUGACGGCUGAAAUCCUCGAGCUGGCCGGUAACGCGGCCCGGGACAACAAGAAGACCCGCAUCAUCCCCAGGCACUUCCA